ACAACAGCCCCACAAAGAAAUACAACUCUGUUAUUAACAGUGAAAAAAUCUACACUGUCGUCUCCCCGUUUGUCAUAUGAUCAAUUUUCAUCGGACGAACAAAAAUGCUGCGAAAUUUUCUAAUUUUCUCUUUGUGCGUAGUGGCAAUUAAAGCCACUGGUGAAUUCACCGUUUUAAGCACACCCAAAUCUUUGUCUUUCAAGGGUACUGAGCCCCUACAAAGUCGUGACAUUGGUGAUGUUUUGUACGCAUCUUUGGGAAAUGCCGUAGCUGGAGACAGUCAGUGGUCGGGUUUGAAUAUUGUAGAUCCAUUCAAUUUACCCAAGGGCGUCAUUGCCGUAAGCUUGGAUGGUGUUGAACACAGUAAAGUUUCUGCUGCUGGUAAAACUUAUCCAGUUCAAGGUAAUGGUGUUGAACAAUCCUUGAAUGGUGUUAGCGCUCAAUUGGAAGCCGAUAAUGAGCCGAUUUGUGAUAUUAGUUUCGAAAAUGUUGAAGAGGGUGAAUUAAGUUUCAAAAACACUAUCGGAGACGUUGAAAUUCCUGCUGUCGCAAAUACAAAGUACUUAAAUGGAGAUCUCCAUACUGCCGACAAACAAUUUUUGAAAAGUGUUGCAUUUUUAAAUGCUGUUGCUGAUAACUUAGUUAACAUGGAGAAGUCAUGCAAUUACGUUGCCAUUCAUUUGUUUGUUGAUGCCGUUGCUAAGGCUCAUGGUGAAAACUCGGACGCUGUCAAAGAAGCAUUAGAUCUUUUCUCUACUGCUGUUAAACAUUUGAACACAGCUGCCCAAAAAUCCAGCAACAAUGAAGCCUUAGUUGUGGUCGUUGUUAAUAAGGCUGACUCUAACAAUCGUAGCAAGCGCGAAGUGGCUCCACUAAAUGCUUUAAAUCUCUACAAUUUAGCCGAAUACUACAAUCAAGAUUAUCCCGUCAUUUUCAACAUCAUCUUAUGGUUCAUGGUUGUCUUUGCUUUUGCUCUAUUGGCCAUUUGCUACGCCAUCGGUUCCAUGGAUCCCGGUCGCGAUUCCAUUAUCUAUCGCAUGACCUCUACUAGAAUGAAGAAAGAUAAUUAAAUUUUUUAAAUGAAUUAUUAUUUUUUCUGUUCAAAUAGUGGCUUUAGGAACUUAAUUUCAACAUCUCCGCCACAAAUAUUUCUGUUCGUUUUUCUUUUCUUUAUUUUUGAACAAAAUAUACAAAAUCUAAAUUCUUGUGAAUUUCCUAAAAAAAACAUCAUAAAUCUAUAAACUUUUUAAGACAUCAUCUAUAUUAAUAUAUACCAACAAAAACAGCAACAAAUAUUAUUAGUUUAUUAUAAGUUUUAAGUAUUAUUUGUUCAUUAAAAAAAUACAUUGCUAGAAAGAAUUGGGGUCUUUCUUGGUAUUUUUUGUUCUUAAUUAUAAAAUUGUUAUAUACCUUUCCUUACUUACAACUAUUCCAUUUCUAUUUUUUGGACUUUUUUGUUUUUGUUUAUAAAAAAAUAAAUUAUAUAUUCUUAUUGUAAUGUAACAUCAUAUGAAUGCGUGUUCUAUUGUAUAAAAAAUUAAGCUGCAUAUUAAAUAACUUGCAUACAUAUUUGUAAAUUCCUAAAAAUGUUAUAAAAAAGAAACAUAAGUGAAAUGUGUAAUAAACUAGUUAAAUUAAUACAA